AUGAGGCUGGGUAAUCCUGCAAUUGCCAGGCUGUUGCUAAGCAGAGGCGCCAACCCCAACCUGAAGGACAGGACUGGCUUCUCCGUAAUACAUGAUGUGGCCAGAGCUGGCUUCCAUGACACACUGAAAACCCUACUGGAGUUCAGUGCAGAUGUUAAUAUACCGGACAAAGAAGGCAACCUGCUCCUGCACCUAGCCUCCAAGCAAGGGCAUCUCUAGGUGGUAAAGCUCUUGGUCCUACACAAGGACAAUCAGCUGGGCUACCAGAACUGCAAUGGGGACACCUGGUGUGACACAGCCACAUUAUACAGCUGA